CAUUUACCCACUUAACCUAUUUUUUAUUACGAAAAUAAAAAUAAGCUUGUGAAAAUAAAAAAAUAAACAAACAUUUUUAAAACACAAACUACUUGAUUAAAAAACGAUAAUGGUAAAAGCGGCCUUAUUUGUUUGUCUAGGCAACAUUUGUCGUUCUCCAAUAGCUGAUGCGGUUUUCCUGAAAAUUGUUACCGAAAGGGGCAUAGCCGAUCAAUGGAAAGUAGAUAGUGCCGCUAUCGGAGGAUGGCAUUCGGGAAGCUCUCCUGAUUCCAGGGCUACGAAAACAUUGACAAAUCAUGGUAUUCCGUACGAUGGCCGAGCAAGACAAAUAGAAGAUGAAGAUUUUCUGGAAUUCGACUACAUUUUUGGCAUGGACGAUAAAAACAUUUCGAAUUUGAAAGGCCAACAACCACCAGAGAGCAGAGCAAAGAUUUUGUUGCUAGGAGAUUUUGAUCCCGAGGGAGACAAGAUCAUCCGUGACCCAUAUUAUGACUCCGGAUCCGAGGGUUUCGAGAAGUGCUACCAACAAUGUGUCAGAUCCUGCAACGGAUUUUUGGAUCAGUUGGAGCAAGGAAAAAUUUAAAAAAGAAAAAAUGGAUUGCCCUCGACAUUUACAAUUAUUAUUAUCAGUAGCUUUAUUUUUUAUUAAUAAUUAUAAUAUGUAAGUAAUAUAUAUAUAUAAUUAUUCCUCUCAAUUAAAUAGUUG